AUGCUGCAGGAGAGAGCUUCAGCUGUGACAAAUGACUUGAAGAUCCAGGUCCAAACCAGUGGGGAGACAGAUGUACCAGAACAGCCACCACUUGGCCUGUCCACAGCUGCAGGCAUGCCCAGCUCCUCGAGGCCCGAGCAGAACACGGAGACCCUGAAGGUAGCUCUUCAUGAGAAGGAACUGUGGCAGAAGUUUCAUGAAGCUGACACGGAGAUGAUAAUCACAAAAGCAGGAAGGAGGAUGUUUCCCAGCUUCAAGGUCAAAGUGAUGGGUAUGAACCCCAAAACCAAAUACAUUCUUCUUACUGACAUAAUCCCAGCAGAUGACCACCGAUACAAAUUCUGUGACAAUAAGUGGAUGGUGGCUGGCAAAGCGGAGACCACGAUGCCAGGCAGACUCUAUGUACAUCCCGAUUCCCCUGCAACUGGAGCUCAUUGGAUGAGGCAGCUGGUGUCAUUUCAGAAGCUAAAGCUCACAAACAAUCAUCUGGACUGUUUUGGUCAUAUCAUCCUGAAUUCCAUGCACAAGUACCAACCCAGACUUCACAUAGUGAAAGCUGAUGAAAACAAUGCCUUUGGAUCAAAGAACACUGCCUACUGCACUCAUGUUUUUCAUGAGACAGCUUUUAUUUCAGUAACUUCUUAUCAGAAUCACAAGAUCACUCAGCUGAAAAUAGAAAACAAUCCAUUUGCCAAAGGGUUUCGAGGCAGCGAAGAAAGAGAUCUGCAUGUUUCCAGACUCAACAGGAGAGAAUAUCCAGUCAUAUCAAAGGACAUGGAUGAAAGGACCAUCUCAUCUCAUGGCAACCUUUCAGGAAAACUUCAAGGAGUUUUAGCCGGGCACACUCCAGUCCUGUCUUCAUAUCAGCAUGAGCCUGGUCUCCCUUUGUCUACUUCAGAAUCCAGUGAUGCUCUCUCAAGUCGUUUCCCUCAAAGCAAAGAUCCAAGCCUUACAUAUCACUGCAUCAAACACAGAGAUAAUAGUGGACACAUGGAGCGUGAAUGUAAGAGACCAUACCUGGAGACAUCUUCUGUGGUGUCAGAAGAGCAUUAUUUCCAUUCACCUCCUUCUCAUGAGUCACCCUUACAGUCUCAUUCAUACUGCACCGAGGCAAUAGCUUCCAGAGAUGCUUGCAUGUACGACUGUAUGGAAACUAAGUUUGAGUCAGGGAUGGUAACAAAAGAUGACAUAACUAACUCUCCGUCGCUUAACUGUAACAUGUGGACUACAGCGCAGCCUUACCUUCAUUACAGUGUUGAUGGUGUCUCGUACCAACCCUUGACCCCUCACUUCACCAACUCUGUGGUGCCACACUCUGUAUCAUCAAUGAUCUCACAACCACCACAGGCUGACGUGGGGUUUUACCAUUCAGCUCCAAUCCAAAGAAGUGUUCCCAUCAUAACUCCAUCACCCUCAUCUUCAUUAUACUCUCCUGCUGUUCUUGUUUCCAGGAAUACAUCCAACAAUCCACCUCUGUAUCAGCCAGGAUCACCUCUCCAGCCUCAAAAAGAUUUCUCUGCCUGCUCCACCCAUGGAGCUAUAUCCAUCCACAAUUCAUCUUAUCAGUAA